UAUAUAUAUAUAUUUUUUUUUAAUUUGUCAAAGAGUCAAAUCUGUAAAAUAUAGUGCACUGUGUUCGUAACAGAUUCUAGUUUUUGAAACAGAAAAAUGUAUUGAGAUCAGAUGUUUCAUCAAUGAGAAAAUUAGAAGAAUGUCGGCCCAUUUUCAGCCAGUUCCAUCCUUUCCCACUACCCGCGACUGGACUUCCUCUCACCACCAUAUUUGGGGGGUGAGAAAACGUUCUAAACGGAUGCUUCGACUUUAUAGCUCCUGUGACGUAUCUGAGUUACCCUUUCUGUCUGUGGUACGGUUGACAGAGAUGAGGUGAGGGGGGCAGGGGCUGUCUAUGAGGGGGCAUACAGGAGGAGAAGGAGGAGAAGGAAACGUGCCACAUUGAUAAAGGUCACAGGUGUGUGAUAGUGAAGGGGGCUGGACUGCGUGGGAAACUCAGCUUCCAUUCCCAUCCCAGCUCACAGACAUCAGACCUAGCCAGCAUUCAGCUCACAUACAUCAGACCUAGCCUACAGCCAGCUCACAGACAUCAGACCUAGCUUACAGCCAGCUCACAGACAUCAGACCUAGCCAGCAUUCAGCUCACAGACAUCAGACCUAGCCAGCAUUCAGCUCACAGACAUCAGACCUAGCCAGCAUUCAGCUCACAGACAUCAGACCUAGCCAGCAUUCAGCUCACAUACAUCAGACCUAGCCUACAGCCAGCUCACAGACAUCAGACCUAGCUUACAGCCAGCUCACAGACAUCAGACCUAGCUUACAGCCAGCUCACAGACAUCAGACCUAGCCAGCAUUCAGCUCACAUACAUCAGACCUAGCCUACAGCCAGCUCACAGACAUCAGACCUAGCUUACAGCCAGCUCAGCUCACAGACAUCAGACCUAGCCAGCAGUCAGCUCACAUACAUCAGACCUAGCCUACAGCCAGCUCACAUACAUCAGACCUAGCCUACAGCCAGCUCACAGACAUCAGACCUAGCCUACAGCCAGCUCACAGACAUCAGACCUAGCCUACAGCCAGCUCACAGACAUCAGACCUAGCCUACAGCUAGCUCACAGACAUCAGACCUAGCCUACAGCCAGCUCACAGACAUCAGACCUAGCCUACAGCCAGCUCACAUACAUCAGACCUAGCUUACAGCCAGCUCACAUACAUCAGACCUAGCCUACAGCCAGCUCACAUACAUCAGACCUAGCUUACAGCCAGCUCACAGACAUCAGACCUAGCUUACAGCCAGCUCACAUACAUCAGACCUAGCUUACAGCCAGCUCACAGACAUCAGACCUAGCUUACAGCCAGCUCACAUACAUCAGACCUAGCUUACAGCCAGCUCACAGACAUCAGACCUAGCUUACAGCCAGCUCACAGACAUCAGACCUAGCCAGCAUUCAGCUCACAUACAUCAGACCUAGCCUACAGCCAGCUCACAGACAUCAGACCUAGCUUACAGCCAGCUCACAGACAUCAGACCUAGCUUACAGCCAGCUCACAUACAUCAGACCUAGCUUACAGCCAGCUCACAGACAUCAGACCUAGCUUACAGCCAGCUCACAGACAUCAGACCUAGCUUACAGCCAGCUCACAGACAUCAGACCUAGCUUACAGCCAGCUCACAGACAUCAGACCUAGCCAGCAGUCAGCUCACAUACAUCAGACCUAGCCUACAGCCAGCUUACAUACAUCAGACCUAGCCUACAGCCAGCUCACAGAGAGACAGAACAAAUGGGGCUGUAUUUAGUCAUCUUUGGAUGUCUGUCACUGUGUGUCCCUGCUCCAGCGGUGGCGCAGGGACGGAGUUGUGUGUUCCUGACCAGUUCCCGAAACUCCAAGAAAAUGGAGGAGGGUCGCGUUAACGGUACAAUCCAGUACUGUGCCCACACUAACUGCUGUGUCGGCUUCUUUCGUAUUAUCGCGGGCCAGCCAGUGGCAGAACUACAAGGUUGCAAAAUGGUAGUCGGUGGCUGCCUAGAUUCUGCCUGCUUUACAUCAACCACUCAUUUAGACUACAUCAGAUGUGAGUGCAGCUCAAACCUCUGUAAUGGCAACAUCACCUGGAACGCAGAAGAGAAGCAACCUCAACUCAAACACUCAUCUCACUCUGCAGACAUGAUCACGGCCACUGUGGUUGUCCUUGGGAUGUUACUGUGUACCCUAGUGGUGGCAGUUAAAUGCAGACACCGUUUCAGAGGUUACGAUGACAAGCAGCAUCUAUCUCUGCCAGAGGAAUCUCUGACCUCACUGUGCUCAUGCCACACAUCAAAACAGUCUGAUAUGGACCUGACCAGCAUGGAACUACAACAGGAAAGUAUUCACAUUGUGGGUAGUGGUCACUUUGCGUCGGUGUGGCAGGGAAGCUACCAAGGGACUACGGUGGCUGUGAAGGUGUUCCCCACCUGGUGCAGACAGGAGUUCACAGUGGAGAGGGAAGUGUACGGACUACCACACCUGGUGCAUGCUGGGAUUGCACACUUCCUGGGAGCUGGCAGGAAGUCAGAUAGUGGAGACUGUGUCCUGCUCCUGGAGCUAGCCACAUGCGGCUCUCUCAGCUCCUUCCUGUCCAAGAACAGCAGUGACUGGACGACAACACUGAAGCUGGCCCAGUCUCUGUCUGAGGGACUGGCUUACCUCCAUUCUGACUUCUACAGGCAUGGGGUGCACAAGCCAGCGGUGGCCCACAGAGAUCUCAGCAGUAACAACGUGCUAGUGAGGGACGAUGGCACCUGCGUCCUGUGUGACUUUGGCUCUUCCAUCAUCCUGCGCUCAUGCGCCGGUCCACACAGCUGGCAGCGCUACAUGGUUAACGUACAGAGCCAGGUGGGGACGUUGUGCUAUAUGGCCCCCGAGCUCCUGGAUGGCUGUGUGAACCUGAGCAGUGGCUGGUGUCUCAUACAGGGAGACGUCUACUCCUUAGGAACGCUGCUUUGGGAGCUGCUGAUGCGCUGCUCAGACCUUUUCAUAGGCUGCCCAGUGCCAGAACACAGACUGCCUUAUGAAGAGGAGCUCGGGGCCAGUCCUUCUUUAGAGCAGCUCAUAGUCCAUGUAUCUGAGAGAAGGGAACGUCCUUCAGUACCCAAACACUGGCAACAGGGCUUGCAUGACAUUCUGUUGGACAGUUGGGACCAUGACUCAGAUGCCAGACUGACAGCCCAGUGUGCCAGGGACAGACUAUUGUCUCUACCCCCCUGUUGGACAGUUGGGACCAUGACUCAGAUGCCAGACUGACAGCCCAGAUCUAUAACUCAGAUCAAUACUAUUCUCUUGUAUUCUAUUCUAUACUAUUCUCUUGUAUUCUAUUCUAUACUAUUCCAUUCUAUAAUAUUCUAUUCUAUACUAUUCUCUUGUAUUCUAUUCUAUACUAUUCUCUUGUAUUAUAUUCUAUUCUAUACUAUUCCAUUCUAUACUAUACUAUUCUAUUCUAUACUAUUCUCUUGUAUUCUAUUCUAUACUAUUCCAUUCUAUAAUAUUCUAUUCUAUACUAUUCUCUUGUAUUCUAUUCUAUACUAUUCUCUUGUAUUCUAUUCUAUACUAUUCCAUUCUAUAAUAUUUAUUCUAUUCUAUACUUAGUCACCUCAUUAUUGUCACUGUCACAGUUGGAAUAGAUGUGUCUGCUUGCGACUUCAUUGACACAUUUCCAACGUAUUUUUGGUUUAUUUUACCUAAUGUUUGUGUAUGCAGAAAAUGUACUGUAGUGAAACUCUAUUGGGCUCUUGCUAAAGACUUGUUUGCCAUUUGUUGUAGAAUCCUAUAAACCUAGUGAUGAACCGCACAGCAGAAUCAGACGUUAGGUUGCUGAGGUACGACUGAGGUCAAAGCUGCUUUUAAAUCUACAUGUUAUGAUGGAUCACAGUAAUAUUCUGACAUUUUUAUGUUGAUAUUUGUACGGUGGAGGACAGAAACGUGAUUGGAUUAUCUUUGCUGAUUUUGUGCAGAAGGUUUGAAUAAAGCUCAUAGUGAUAAACAUCA